AUGAAGGAGCUCAAGCAGCUCGUUGGUCCCAAGCCCACCUACCCGCUUGUGCUCGACUUUGGCUCCACCGAGUUCCAGCUCGAGACGGCCGACUUCCUCCUCAACGCUUCCAAUGUCUUCAAGGAGAUCGACUUCACCUCCAACUCGCUCGUGGACUGCUCGAAUUCCUUCGAACAUUUGAGCAAGCUCAAGCGACUCAUCAUCGACCGCAACGCGUUGUGCGACAUCCAGUUCAAGGGCCUAGCCUCCCUCGUCACUCUCUCUCUCGCCGACAACCGCCUCAACUACUUGAAUGACAUGGGUGACCUCCGCAAGCUGGUCAACCUCAACCUCUCGGGCAACAAGCUCACUGCCGGCUUCGAUCAAAUCGCCAAGUGCAAGGCGCUGCGAGUGCUCGACCUGGGGAGCAACAACAUCGACUUCUCGCUGUCGCAGUUCUGGCGCAGCUUUCGCUUCCUCAAGACCCUCCCCAAACUCAACUGGCUAUCGUUUGAGGGCAAUGCCUGCGAGCAGUCGAUCCCCUACUUCCGGGAAUUCAUCGCCCACGAACUGCCCAAGCUGAGCUACCUCGAUUGGAAGCCCAUCACCCGAGAGGAACGAUCGGAGGCCACCAAGCUUGCCGCUAAGGGGAUCUGGAAGGACAAGGAUUCGUUGGCGGAGCUUCGAAAGGCAAAGACGUCCGGAGUCCUGGCCACUGUCGGUACCAGCCCGGGAUCCUCGCGUAUCGACCCCUCUCCCAGGAACUUCUCAGGGCAGAUGCUGGAGGAACUCCUCGGCCUCGAAGACGAGGACGAGACUCACCACGCUGCCGGAGACGCCAAGCGCGGCCCGGCGACUCACGCCCACACGCACAGCGCCGGCAGCGAUGCUGACGAUGGAAGCCUGGAGGCGUCGAAGAGGGCCAACGACCAGCUGGAUAACAUUCUGGAGUUCCUUGAUCAAGACGGCGCUCCUCUCUCUGCCGCGGACAACGAAGACCCCAGCCUGGGGAGCGGCCUCUCGUCGACGGCCUCGUCGCGGGCGAGCGUCGCCUCCGCCACCGACGACAGGCAGCCGGCCGCAGCGGCCGGUGGCAGCAAUUAUCUGGAGAUGUUCUACUCCAUGCUCAAUGCGCCCAACGACCCUUCUUCUUCUUCUUCCUCCUCCUCCUCGGUGUCUACGCGCCUGGUUCAGACGGGCGGCACCAUACGGCGCCUCGAAGAGCGAACGAACAUUCCCACGAUCAGGACCGAACCGCAGGACGACACGAUCUUCAACCUGCUCGAUCAGAUCAUCGAAAACAAGUCCUCGGCCCCCACGCCAGCGGCGGCGGCGGCGGCGACGGCGGCAGUGCCACCACCAGUACCGCAGCAGCAACUGUCAGUAGCCGCCAUGCGCAGCUCGGUGCGCAAGUCUCAGAUCCAGGACUUUGCCGAGCUGGAGAAGACUCUGAACGUGUUGGAAACAAGUUUCGCGGACGAGGAGAGGGAGCGGCAGCAGAAGAUCGAGGAGGAGCGAGCGAAGCUGCGGCAACUGGAGGUGGAGCGCCAACAGCUUCUCGCGCAGCGGGAACUCGAGAAGCGCCUGACCAUGCAGAAGCUGCGCGACGAGCAGGCCCGCCGCCUCGAGGAGGAGAGGAAGCGGUACGAGGACGAGGUGCGAGCUCUCCAGGAACAGCGGCGAAAGGCCCACGAGGAAGCCGAGCGGCUGCGGCACGAGGUGCAGCAGCAGCAGCAGCAGCAGCAGCAGCAACAGCGCCUCCUGGCCGAACAGAAGCGGAAGCAGUCCGACGAAGAGGAAGCGGCCCAGCAGCACCAGCAGCAGCAGCAGCAGCAGGCGCACGCCGCUCAAGUCGGGGAGAAGGCCGACCGCCUCUCGCGCAGCUCCCGCGACGACGCCCUCCUCGCAAAUCUGCAGCCCUUCUACUGCCGCUACGAGGACCUGCAGAUCGGGCAGAAGCUGGGCCUGGGCUCUGUGGGCGUCACCCAUCGAGGCAUCCUCAACUCGCGCCAGGUGGCCAUCAAGAAGUUUCACUGCCCCACCUUCUCCGAGGCCCUGGUCAAGAAACUGCGGGACGAAGCACCCCAACUGAGCUUGCUCAAGCACGGCAACCUGGUGGAGUUUGUGGCUCUGUGCGUGGACACGGAGAUCUGCAGCGUGACCGAGUGGAUCGAAGGCGCCAACCUCUACGGCUACCUGCGCAACUCCGGGAAUGUGGUGGGGCAGGAGUGGCCGGUGAAGAUGGCGCUGCAGAUCGCGCAAGCGUUGGAGUACCUGCACGCGCACGGAGUGGUGCACGGGUCCCUCAAGAGCCGGGACGUGCUGCUGGACCGGGACGGGAGUCCCCACGUCACCGACUACGGCCUCCUCCCCGCCAAGCUCCUCGCCCUCUCCUCCUCGCCCGCUGCCGUCUCCAGCUGCUACGUGGCCCCCGAAGCCGACGUCUACAGCUACGGCAUCUUGCUGUGGGAGCUCUUUACCCGCGCCCAGCCUUUCGCCGGUCUUCAGCCCCACCAGAUCAAGGAAGCCGUCAUCCACUAUCAACGGCCUCCCGUUCCUCUGUGUCCGUUUGUGCUGGGGCGGCUCAUGCAGGCGUGCUGGCACGAUUCGGUGAAGAGUCGCCCCUCGUUUGCGGUGAUCGUUAAGAUUCUCAGCCAGCCCCUACACGAACUCCUCCGCUACGACCCCAAGGCCUCCCCCGCCGCCGCCGCCGCCGCCGCCACCAGCAGCGGCGGUUCCUCUGCCCACCAGCAGCGAGUAGGCCAGCAGGAGGGCGGCAAUGGCGGCGCGCUCUCGGAACAGACCGCGCGGGAGAUCGUGGCGGAGAAGAGGCACACGGUGGUGGACCGCAUUGCCGACAUGAUUAACUCCGCCAAUCCGCAGUUCCAGCUCAAGGCGGUCAAGGCCAUCAGCACCUUUGCCACCGAAGAAGGAAACAGGGAGGCCAUGGUCGAGUCGGGCGAGCUGCUGCCGCGGCUGCUGCGGCUGUGCUCUGCCGCAGAGGAGGUGCUUCGCGAACAGGCCCUUCGCUCCCUUGCCUCGCUUGCCGAAGACGACUACUGCGUGACCAAGAUCGCGGAGAAGGGCGGGCUCGCAUCGAUGGCCGCCAUCCUGGCCUCGAGCGAGCCCACGGCCUCAAUCCUCCUGCAGGCACUGCACGCUCUCGCCCGCCUGUCCCGCACCUUGGAAAAUAUCGAAGCGGUCGGGGAGCUGGGGGCCGUCGAUUCGUUGGUCCGGUUGCUUGCCCACCCCAACAACGAGCUCCUCCAGAUGCAGGCGCUGGUGGCUCUCGGGCUAGUGCUGGGGUACGAGGGCAACCAGGUGCACUUCUACCGGGCGGACGGGGUGAAGCCCCUCAUCAAGCUGCUGGGUUCCCCCAAUCCCGGCAUACAGCUGCGCGUGCUUGAAGUGCUCGCCGUGCUCGCCAACAACGAUAAAAUGGAGCUUAUCAUCAAGAGGGUGGGCGUGCUGCGGCGCCUCGUGCCCCUCAUCCAGAGCAAGAGCCCCCUGCUCAAGCUGCAGGCCCUCCAGUCCGUGGCCAAGUUCUCCUCCCGGCAGAUGGAAGAGUCGGGGGUGGUGGAGGCGCUGGUGGGCGUCUACGCCGAUCCCCUGUGGGCCGACAAUCGGGAGGUGCUCCUCAACACCACCUCCUCCCUCGCACACUUUGUCCUCGACCUCGGCAAGGGUCCGGGCCGGGCUGCUCGUGAGUUUCCAUCGGGGCGCCUCACCAACAUCGUGCCGUUCCUCAUCACGGGAUUUGCCGACGUCAAGGUGGAGCUCGUCAAGUGCCUCUCACACAUCCUGCAGAGCGAGGCGAGGCGAGGUGAGUUUUUGGGGCUGCAGGGGCUGCCGCGGCUCUUCCAGGCCCUCGCCUCCGAUGCCACCAACGACGACCUGCAGCUCUACGGCCUCCUCGCCCUCGUAGCCCUCGCUGGCGAGGGAGAGGAAAUACGGGAGGCCAUCGGCAAGGCCGGCAUAAUCGAGCACAUGGCCGAGGACACCCUCACGUCCAACCACGAGGACGUGCAGCGGCACAGCCUCCACCUCUGUGCCAUCCUCUCCGGCCAGCGCGACCUCAAAGAACGGUUCGCUGCGACGGAGGCCGUGGCGCACUUGGCAAGCUUCGUGGACUCACCGCACGAUGACAUGCGCGAGCACGCCCUCCUCACCCUGGCCAAUCUCGCCGACAACGAGCGAUGCCGAGCGGCAUGCCGGGAGGAGGAGGGCCUGGCUGCUCUUCUGACGGCCUUCGAGCGCGCCGCCCCGGAACCCGUCCUCGAAUGCGUCGUCGGCGCCCUCGCCCAUUUUGCCGGGGACGGGUGCCAGAGAGACCUGGUCGAGCUGGGGCUUUCGGCCAUCAUCCGGCAUGCCUCUCACCCCAAGCUGGCCAUUCAGUCCCUGGCCCUCAAGUCGCUCCUCCUGCUCCUGAAGAAGCCUGAGAAUCGGCCAGCCAUCGAAGCUGCGGGAGGCGAGGAGAAGCUGCGGGCCCUGACCACGUCGACGAACCGCGCUGUGGCGGCCGCAUCAGCGCACGCCCUCCAGCUACUGCACUCCUCGUGA